AUCCAUUGGGUCUGCUGUCGUGAUCUCGCGAGAUUUGGGGCUCUGGAGAGACUUUGGAUGGGAAGGAGAACUUUUGCACGGGCAGGAUCAGUGUUGUUGUAGUGUUAGGGAUUAUAAAGCGCAAAUUCUUCGCUUUUCCACCUUUCAGAAGUCAAGAUAACGGACUAGUGUCGAUUUCUCAUCUACAGCGCAUUUUCUUCAAGGAGAGAUGAGCUUUUUAUUUGGAAGCCGCUCUUCAAAGACGUUCAAGCCGAAGAAGAACAUUCCCGAGGGCUCACACCAGUAUGAGCUACUGAAGCAUGCAGAGGCCACGCUGGGCAGCGGGAACCUGCGCAUGGCUGUCAUGCUGCCUGAUGGAGAGGACCUCAAUGAAUGGGUGGCAGUCAACACUGUGGAUUUCUUUAAUCAGAUCAACAUGCUGUAUGGGACUAUCACAGACUUCUGCACUGAGGAAAGCUGCCCACUAAUGUCUGCUGGACCUAAGUAUGAAUAUCACUGGGCCGAUGGAACCAACAUUAAAAAGCCAAUUAAAUGUUCGGCUCCAAAGUACAUUGAUUACCUGAUGACUUGGGUCCAGGAUCAGCUUGAUGAUGAGACACUUUUCCCUGCAAAAAUAGGGGUUCCUUUCCCAAAGAACUUUAUGUCGGUGGCCAAGACCAUUUUGAAGAGACUGUUCCGUGUUUACGCUCACAUCUACCAUCAGCACUUUGACUCUGUUAUCCAGCUGCAGGAGGAGGCGCACCUCAACACCUCGUUCAAGCACUUUAUCUUCUUCGUUCAGGAGUUUAAUUUGAUUGAUCGGAAGGAACUAGCACCCCUUCAGGAGCUGAUCGAGAAGCUCACGUCCAAGGACAGAUAAAUCUGCUCUUAACAUCAACAUCUUCUCUGAUUUUUCUGUACAGGCAGCCCGGCUUUGUUCCCUCUGUGUUUGACAGGUGUGUGGGAAUGUUUCCUUCAAGAGUUAGGAAAAGGCUGACCCCAAGAAAAAAAAAAAAAAAAAAAAAAACUCGAUAAGUCACUACUCAGCCGUAGGUCAAGGUCAUAGUGGAAUUAUGCUUCUGUUGACGUCAUCUAAAAAAAUGAUCUAAGUGCCUGAUAUGUCCACUUUCAAAAUUGCUACUUUGUAUAAAAGUGCUACCACUGCUAUAAAACGUCUUUAUGAUUAUGCUUUUACUUUUUUUUAGGAGUACAUUUGUGAUAAUUAGUGGUAUGUUAGCUUUUUUCCUCGUAAUGUAUUUAUUUAGAAGUGCAUAGAUUAAAAAAUACUGAAUGAAGCAUUCAUUGAUUUUUCAAAGAAAUGAAGGUGUCUUUUGAAGGUGUCUAAAGUACUUAUUUUAACCGCUCCCUUUGUCUCAUGACAUGUUUGGGAUUUCCGUUUAUCCAUUUCAAUAGAACUGCUUUGUUCACUUCUGAUUUGAUCCAGCCCUCAAUGAACCUCUCCUUAUUGUAAACACAUUACCGAAGGGCAUUGGGUCCACAGUUUGCCUGCCAAUGCAAUUAAACCACUACAUUAUGUCUGAUUAAAGUACUUAUGUUGAUGAGCCAGAUUCUCUCCCAGACGUCAGGGCUUUGUCUGUCAGAAGCUGGGAUGAAAUGAGCUGACUAUGCAAGAUCGGUAUGUCCUAUUUGAUCUUAUUUUUUCAUACACUAUAAAACACAAGGGUUUUACAUUCUUUCUAUCCACAGAUGUGGAAACCACGGGCACCUUUUAAGCAAAUAACAACAAUAAAUCUAAUGGGAAAGAUACAUUUUUCUCUAGAGCUUAAUUAAGCUGCCCCGGUCUGUAUUAGUAUUUCAAAGAUCCAGAACUUUCACUUGAAACAGGCUAAAUUAUGAGGAGGUGAAUGCAAGUUGUGUAAAAUAUAUGAUAUAUUUGAUUCAAACAUGAUGCUAGUUUAAUAACUUUAAUAACUGUUCCUUAUUCAACACUUAUAUUGCUGUCAAAAUAGUUGGUAGUCCUCAGUAUAAUUUAAGCAGCGCAUACUGUACGUUUGGUCUUUAUGAAGUUUCACCCCAUGAAUGUUUAUUUUUCUGAAUGUUACUGAAUAACACAUGCUGAAAAUGUUUCUCAGAGAUUUUCAAAUCACUUUAUUUCAAAAUGGUAUGAGACUGAUUAUAAGCAAAUGUAAUAAACAUUUUUGAUGGCAAGUUGUAAAUACUGUAAACAGAAAAGGUGUGCAAUUGGAAUAUCAUGAGAUGUGUAACUUGCUGAACUUUUAUGGUACAAUGCUGAAUACAGUUUAUAGAAUAAUAAACCUGUUUGAACAAAA